AUGUCGGUGGCAUCAAAUCACUAUAUGCGCAGUCAGGUGCAUCGAAGCCCGCGAAAACUGGAAAGCAUCAAUGGUUCCCAGGACCUCACAUUCUUGGAUCAGCCUUGGUACUACGAGAAAGACGAUUCCUGGGGCCGGAUCACUGCAAGUACCAACCGGAGUAGAUGGAAUGAGGGCGAAUCUGCAAGCUCGAUGUCGCAGCUGGAGAAUACAUUCGAAGAUAGUCAACAAACCCUGCUCCGGUUCGUGAAAUCGUAUUCACUGCAUGUUAUAGUAGCCGCAGUUUUGUACAUGUUCCUCUUUGAGGUCGCCGUUCGCCUACCCUUCCUCCUCGCCUUCACCUUCGCAAUCCCUUCCAUCCAUAUGCUGGUCGUACCAGCAAAGCCAAAAUCUGAUGAUAUUACGUACAAUAACGAUUCCGAAGCUCUCUACCGCCGAUCCUCCAUUGUUUCAGUAGUUCCCGGUGAGCCUGUCGAUCAAUACAAGACCUCAGGAAUCUUGCACCCAGUCGCCGUCACCUUCCCCGGGUUGAGAUUCUUCUCGCCCUCAACAUGGUUUCCCCGCGCCACGGACGCAAUAGGCUUCUGA